AUUCAAUUUGUUGCUUGUGUUUAUUUAAGAACAGAUAUGACGGACACUGAGCUUAUCCUGAAAAUAAUUAAUGCUGUAAAACAACGCGAUUGUCUGUGGAAUGUGCAUUCAUCAGAAUAUGCAAAGCGGGACAAACUAGAAAAAGCUUGGCAAGAAGUUGCCGAUGACGUUGGCAGACCGGAUGUAUUUUGUCGUGAAAAGUGGCGAAAUGUGCGCACUGGCUUCCUACGAAGUAUCCAGUAUAACAAUAAUGCACGUACUGACAAUGGUGAUAGUACCGAAGAUGUGCCCACACCACGUCGUAAACGUUUCUACUUGUAUGAUGAAAUGAAAUUUCUCUUGCCGUCAACAGAAACUAUAGGGCAAACAAAAAAGAGAAGAAAACUUUCCCGAGGUACUAAACCAAGGACAUCAAAUGACGAGCCUAGCGGAGAAUAUGUCGACACCGUAUCCACAAUACAAACGUACGCUGCAAAUGAAGAUACCAAACGCAACAGUAAUGAGGUAAUACAGAGUACCAAUGCUACCUAUCCAGAGCUAUUGAAUGAACUACAGCUCACCCCUAGCACACCUAAACCGUUGGUGAUGAAAAUUAACCAAUCACCUCCGAUCAAGAUUGACGAAGCGAAAGGCGAACAAAAUAUGCAUUCAACUCCCAUAGUUGCCCCUACCGUUGCAGCGAAAUGCGAAGUUGAAAAUAAUACAACGAUCCCGGAAUCUUUCAAUGCAACUGCGAAACGUAACGAAUGCGAUGGUCGCGAUGAACAACAGUUACUGGCCUUUUUUCGUGGCAACAUCGACGAUAUAUUGUCACUUCCUCGUCACAAACAACGUUUGUUUAAACGACGAAUGUUGGAACUUAUCGACGAUUUACAUCGCCCAGAUAAUAGUGUAUCAACUAGCCGCUACUGUUAAAUAAAAUCUUAUCGGAUUGUAA